CUUCCAGGUACACUUCAAAAUGUUCACCAACUUUGACGACUACUGCGACUUCAACGACAGCAUCUGCAGCAACGACUCAGGCUUCGAAAAGUCACAUAAUGACUCCUACGCUACCUCCACCACGUCCACCCCCUUGAAACACAACACAUCAGACCAGGGUAUCUGCGUCACUCCGAUCAAAUCCGAAGUACGAAGAAAACUAUUCAGCGAAUCCUAUGAAUUCCCUUUCCAAAACCAAAUCGAAGAUGUUAAGGCAUUUGAAGAGAACUUACACACUGCAGUGACAUCAACACCAAUUAAAAAAGAAAGGAAACCAAAAGACCCGAACAAACCGAAAAGGAAAAACGCGAACGGAAAAAACAGAAUAUCAAGAUGUAAAAGUCCGACUCAAUUAAUGAGAAUAAAGAGGAAUAGAAGAAUGAAGGCCAACGAUAGGGAAAGAAAUCGAAUGCACAUGCUAAAUGAAGCUCUCGAUAGGCUCAGAUGUGUGCUACCAACUUUUCCUGAAGACACAAAGUUAACUAAGAUAGAAACUUUAAGGUUCGCUCAUAAUUACAUAUUCGCUUUAAGCCAAACUUUGGAAUCUUUAGACAACAUCAACUCCGGGCAAGCGACUACUGAUAAUUUCAGUUCAAAUUGUGAUAAACUUCAAAACUAUAAUUCAGCUCAUGAGAAAAUCGCAAGAGAUGCUUUCAGAGAUAUAUUUUCAUUAAAUAAUAAGACUGAGGAAUUCAACAGUGAUGGCAGUUACAGAAGCUUCCAGGGUUAUAGUAAACCUUUUCCAAACGGUUGUAACUUUAUGCAAACAUCUGAAGGUGUUCUCAUAAAUGUUGGAAACGUGACAGUAUCUGUCAAUAACAAAGGCGGAAACUGUAUCACUUCAACAACAGGCAGCGGUUUCUUCACUCACCCAUCAAGCUAUGCCGAAAACGCUAACCAACAAAACUAUUUCUACCAAAAACCCUAUGUACCUUGCAUUACUAAUGGUGAUAAUAUGCAUGAUGUUGGUAAUACCGAGGAAUAUUUCAAUCAAAAGAAUUACGAAAUAUUCAAAAAUGCGUUUGACACGGCGAAGAACAAAAGAUACCCGAAGACUGAAGAUUAUACUGCUAAUUAUGGAGAAUAUACAAAUAUAUAUGGACAUAAUGAGUGGGAUUAUAGUAGGAUAAGUGAAUAUAAUUAUCAGAAUAAUUAUUAUAACAAUGACCAAAGAAUGUACAGGAAUUUUUAUAAUAGACCAAGUAUUGUAAACGCUCAAAUUUAAACGGUUGUGUUUUCUAGUCAUUUGUGUACAGAAUAUAUUUUUA